AUGGGCAGAAUCUGUCAACUAGUAAUGGGACCGGCAGGCUCUGGAAAAUCAACUUAUUGCACAACGAUGAUGGCACAUUUGCAAGCCAGCAAACGAUCUGUUCAUCUAGUCAAUCUGGAUCCAGCUGCCGAGAAUUUUGAAUAUAAGCCUACAAUUGACAUUCGAAGUCUCAUCACUUUGGAAGAUGUCAUGGAAGAACUCAAAUUUGGACCUAAUGGAGGAUUGAUCUAUUGCAUGGAGUACCUGAUGAACAAUCUGGAUUGGUUUGAAGAAGAACUAAGCGGCUACGAAGAAGAUUAUCUGAUUAUAGACUGCCCUGGACAAAUCGAACUAUACACGCAUAUACCCAUCAUGAGACAAUUCACGGAAUUCAUGAAAAAGCACGAAUACGUAGUCUGUGGUCUAUACUUGAUUGACUCGCAGUUUAUAGACGAUACACCCAAAUUCUUUGCUGGAGUACUGAGCGCUAUGAGUGCCAUGCUCCAACUGGAAGUACCUCAUAUAAAUAUAAUGACCAAGAUGGACUUGUUGGGUGAACGAGGAAAGACGCUAGAAAUGGAUCGAUUUUAUGAAGCAGACUCGGACCUCUUGGAAGACAGUACCAAUCCUACUACGAAAUCCAAGUUUCAUGAAUUGAAUAAAGCCAUAGUGCGAGUCAUUGAUGAGUAUAAUAUGGUUGGGUUUAUACCGCUAGAUAAUUCAGAUGAAGACUCGGUAGCUUUGAUCUUGCAGCAUAUUGAUCAUGCUACCCAAUUUGGAGAAGAUGCUGAGCCGAAAGAAAUUGUGGAUGAGGACUUUCAAGGCUAUGACGAUUGA